AUGAGCCCAGACUCCUCAUGGAAGGUCGUGGAGGUGGCGUGGGCUCUGGCGGCUAGUUUGACAGUCGUGAGACGUGUGAAAUACGAAGUAUGGGAGUCUGGUACUGAUAUGCUAGAGCACGCUCUGGAGCAGUUGAGGACAGGCGUGCCGUCGAGGAGUGUACUAAGGCAUGUCAUACAGGUGGUGGCGCAUUUACAAGAGUUGCCGAGUGCGAGAGAGUGGUUCCUGUCGCAUGGGACUACUGAUGCUCUUCGUAGUGUAGUUGCUGAGGAAGGUCACGACCAUAUGGGUAUAAGUUUGCCUAUUGUAACUAUAAAAGGAGACUUUAUGGGACAGGGGUCAAUUGAUAUCACCAAGUCCACGUUGGAGAGUUUGGAGAAUUUCUUCGAGGAAGGCUUCUAUCUCCCAGGCGUCCUCGUACUCCUAUGUUCGGUAGUAGUCCCAAUAGUGAAGCUGUUGAUGAUGUUGGUGAUAUUCAUUAUUCGUCAUACCUUCCCAGAGAAAGCUCACCAGCUCAUGUUUGUACUGCGGAUCAUAGCGAAAUACCAAAUGCUGGAUAUAUUCGUCACAGUUAUUAUGGUAGCUUUUCUCAAUCAGGAUGUGAUGCGCACUACGUUGCAGACUGGGUUCUACUACUAUCUGGCAUUUUGUCUACUGAGCAUUGGUGCUACUCAAGUGUUGUGGUCAAUGCUGCCCGACCGGCCACAAGCGUUGUAUGCUCAGCAGCUCGCCCGAUGGAUGCGGGACAGGCAGACGGAGAUUGCCUUCAAGAACAUCACGGGUCGUUCGCCUGAUCAGGCUGAUCACUCCAGCUUAGUUCACUACUACACUCGGAAUACUGAAGUGCAUGGCUCGGUUCCCUUUGGUGAGGCCCUACCAGAAGGUCGACGGCAAGCUGCUCAGAGUGGGGCUUGUGGAGAUCCUUUGCCUGAGCUCAACACAACGCCGCUUACCACACCACAGCCGAAUCGUCGUCGUUGUGAGGGUGAUCGAGCAUGUUCCAGUGUAGAAGAAGUAGAGGCUCAGGAAGGAGACCGCAAGGCUCGGAUAAGUCGGACGCCUUCUUUUGGUGCAGCAGCUUCAGAGCCGCUUGCCUUCCACUCGUCGGCUCCUCCCAAUGAACACAGUCCGGAAUCACCACGGGUGGCGACUGUUAAUGACGGUACUCUUGUGGUGUGGCCCAGCCGUACUGCUGAACAACGUAGAGGAGGCGGCGCUCUCUCUGAGGUCACCAGUGUGGCCAGUACGUUCAACUUGGCUCAAAUCAACAAGCUGUCUCUGUGUGGAUCGAUAUUCACCUGUGGAGGCUGUUGUCGAGGCUUUGAAUUCUCCUUGGACACCUUUUUCCUCUAUGGAGCCUGCAUAACCUUCUACAUCGGUCUGUACUGGAGUCUCUACCAUAGUGUCCUUACUGUUAAAGUGGCAUUCAAGGAGAGCUUGAUUGUAUCACAGAGCACGUUGGGUCUUUUUGGCAUGAUUGAUGGGCUUGUUAAGCAGCAUGAGGGUAUCAACUACUUUAUUCCCGCGGUUGUUUUCGCUGUUUUCGCACUUAUUGUGCCGUGUGUUCAAGUCGGCGGAAUAUUCAUCGCUGGCACACUCCACGUCCUCCCUUGUCACAAGACGUCUCACACGUGUGCUGAUCUUUAUCGUUGGCUGCUCUAUCUCAUCGAUUACAUCAGCGACUGGGCUAUGAUGGACGUUUUCUCUGUUGCUAUGUUCACCACGUUGAUCUCUCUCAAUGCAUUUGAUGCCUUGCGAGCUGAUGCUCCUCCUGGGUUGCUAUCGGGCUUCUACUUCCUACUCAUGGCUGGGCUAGCCUCGAUGGAUCUGGCUACGCAAACGCAUGAGCUGUUGAUGGACGCUAUGGCACGGAAUGUCGUGGAGAUGGCUACUGAGAUGAUCAUACUCGAGCAUGAGCAAGAGGAAUCCUUAAGGGAUCCAGAGUAUAUGAUUGGGGACCAGAGUGCCACUACGCCUAGGUCUUAUUCAUCGUUUACUCGAUGGCGACCUGCUCACCCAGACGAUGCUAUCGCUGACCGGCCUAAUGCAGUGGAGAGGAGCGGCAGUAUGGCGAUCGAUGGUCGCACUGAUAUAACCUCAAUGUCGCGGAGGGACCCAACAGAGUGGCAGACCUUCCGUAUCCUCCGCCGUGAACUUAGACGGAAUGCUAGUCGUGCGCAGAAGCAGGCCAGCUCAGCUGCUGUGGCCUCAGCCAUGUCAUCACCACCCAUAUCGCCAAAUGUGUCGAGGCGUUCGAGAGAUGAGGGUGAUAUCGAGGAUGGCCACGCCUUGGUGGGAGCUCUUCAGAAUGCAUGUCUAGUAGCCCCUGGCGCUGCUGCUUCUGAGUCCCUUAUGAGACGGAGCAAAUCACUGAUGGUUCUUCCUCGGAGUAAGAGUUCCCUUGUUGCUACUGAGGAGCAACAACUACAUCAGCGGAAUUGCUCGUUGCUCUCAUCGCUGGCUGGCGGUCGAUCUCUGGCAGAGUCAGCACGGUCAGUGGCCGGCACUGGGGAGAAGGUUCCUGCUGUGCUAGAGGCAGCCAAGCGCAAGGUGGAGCAGUACGUUGAUAUGGAGGCCAUAGUGAACAGCCCGAGGCGUCGAAGGAGAAGUUUUGGUGACAAUCUGGAUGACAUUCAAGGCCACCAGAAGGAUACCUUGGAUGGAGAGAGGCGAGCUGGUCGUGACGAUAAAGGGAAGCAUUACCGCUUGGUAGCCACCGAUGAGAGUGAGAAUAAUGAUAGCGAUAACGACUCUACUGCGGACAAGGCCGUACCACCCUUGUGGAAGCGGCUCUUGCAGAGGAUGACUGGCACGGUGUUGGUCAUUAAGGCUGUGAGCUGGGGUAUCUUCUUCAUAGUGUGGAGCAUGCAUACAAGUAUGCCCCCAGUCGACCUAGAUGUUAUUAACCUAUCAUUACGAGGGAACCUCCCGUUGAUCAACGGUGCAUUGCAAGAUGCGUUGCCGAGCUCACUUGGUGCAUGCACGAUUGAUCCUCUGCAUAUAGCGCCUAAGCCGUGUGUUGGGAAUAGCUCUCUUUACUACGUCCGUGAAAGGGUAUAUGAAGUGAACGCCCGAUGGGUGACAGGACUGAGGACGACUAAAUUGGAGAACAUAUACCUCUCGGUGCCUAAGGAGAACAGGCUGGCGUUGAGCAUUGAAGGCAUAGCGUAA